CCAAAUCAACCACAAGUUACAAUGGUACAUUAUUACUUCAUAACUGUUUGACCAAGUAAUGGUAUGAUGAUGUUGGCACAAAAUGUACUGUACUUUGGACUAUAAAACACGUUUGGUGACCAGGAUCUUGCGUUUGGUGCUAGAUCAAUACAUUUCAGUACAGUAGGUUCAUCAUAUGACUUAAAUCCACACAAGUGCAAUAUAUUUGGAUUAAUCAAUUUUCAAAUGUCAAAGACCAUGGUAGAAGACAAUGAUUCCAGCACAAUGAAGAUAUUGGAUAUUGAUGACGACACACAUAGCAUGACCAGAACAAGAGAUGGCGUUAAAUAUUCAGUACAUUUUCAGUGGUGGAAGAGACCAUACAAAGUUGCUGCAUUGUGUCUGGGGCUGCUGUGUGUUCUCCUACUGGCUGGGAUCAUAGGCCUGUGUGUACACUUCACUGGUCAGCAUUAUUCUCCUGAGAGAGACCAGCUACAGACCAGCUACAACAACAUGACUAAAGAGGGAGACCAGCUACAUAUCAAUUAUAGCACCCUGACUAAAGAGAGAGACCCGCUACAGACCAGUUAUAGUACUCUGACUAAAGAGAGAGACCAGCUACAGACCAGUUAUAGCACCCUGACUAAAGAGAGAGACCAGUUACAGACCAGUUAUAGCACCCUGACUAAAGAUAGAGACCAGCUACAGAGGGAGACAAUCAGACUGAACAAGAAGCUCAAAGGGAGACCUUGUCACGAAGGAUGGAUAAAGUUCGAAACCAGCUGUUACUUCUUCUCAACUGUGAAUAAAACCUGGGAGGAGAGCAGAGUGGACUGUCUAAGGAGAGAAGCACACCUUGUGAUCAUAAACAACAGAGAGGAACAGGUAUUUAUCAAUGGGUUAAACGGAGCAAAUAAACAAAUCUGGAUUGGUCUGACUGACACAUUUGCUGAGGGAACCUGGAAAUGGGUGGACGGCACACCACUGACUACCACGUAUUGGGGGGAUGGACAGCCUAAUAGCUGGAAAGAAACAGAGCAGGACUGUGGGGAGUUUAUUCACCGUUCAACAGACCCAGGGGAUUGGAAUGACGAUGGGUGUUCCGUUGAACAAUACUGUGUCUGUGAGAAAUAGGAUUAUCAUAGAUACUCUCUCUGCACUGUCAUCAAUUUAAAGGACCUCUCUAUGUCCUAUGCUACUCCUUUUAGUCUUAUGUCUGAAGACAGAUGUUAUUUGGUGGAAUGGUACUAGAUGUGGGAGAAUGCCACACGCUGACAAACACACACACAUGUACAGUGCCAGUCAAACGUUUGGACACACCAACUCAUUCAAGGCUUUUUCUUUACUAUUU